AUGGGUGUGAAUACAUAUUGGCGUCCCGUGGAGGAAUUGAGACGUUUGGGUGCUAUUCGCACCUUUCUUCUAAUUGUUGCAACAGGAGACCUGUGGAGUGGUUAUACGAAAAUGGAAAUCAUGAGGACAGCGCUGGAUGUAAGUCGCUUCGUUUUAAACAAACUCAACCGUGAGUAUAUGGAGACAGUUCGGGCAUUUUACAGAAAAGCUAAUUAA